AUGUCGUCUCUUUUUGACGCUGUGCUCCAGUCUGAGCUGGGCUCGACUACUGGGCCUCGCGACCAUCGCCUCCAUUCUGAUCAACUCCCAAGUUCACGACCGCAGCUGCCCUCAGAGAGCAAUGGCCCAAUGAGUGAUAUGCAUGGUUUUCCAGAUGAUCAGGUUGCCGAGACAAGUGCGUCGACCACAAGCCGGCUCCGAAAUCCCUACCUUCCAGGGCCGCCCCCUUUAGUCGAUGUUGCAGGUGAAAAAGUUCGCCAGGCUUUCGAAGAAUUGCUCGAAACUUAUGUCGAGGAUCUAUCAUGGAGUGCGCCUCCGCCCUCUUCGGAACCGAAGCUUAGCGACAAGUAUUAUCUCGCCCAAAUUCAUGGCAUGGCAAAAUUUGAGCUUUCAACACUCUAUGUGGAUUUCACACACCUGACAUCGCUGGAUAAUCAAAUCCUGGCAGAUGCAAUCGCCAACCAAUAUUACCGCUUCCAACCUUUCCUGACCCAGGCCUUGCAUAAUCUAAUUGCAAAAUACGAGCCGGAGUAUUUCACAUCUCAUCGUCAGCUUGACGCUGCCACCUCAGAUGCCAGCUCAUCUAUGAUGGCUGCUGCAUCGAGUGCGGCUGUGUCUGAAAGUCUUGAAGUAGAAAAGGGGCUUCGCAGGAAAACACGCCACCAACAGAGCGAUAAAUUAUUCUCGCUGGCUUUUUACAACCUACCCCUAGUUUCUCGACUUCGUCAACUACGGACCUCGCAAAUUGGAAAAUUGCUUUCAGUAUCUGGUACUAUCACACGGACGUCAGAAAUUCGACCAGAGUUGUCUUUGGGGACUUUUGUUUGUGAACAGUGCAAGACAGUGUGUCCUGAUGUAGAGCAAACCUUCAAAUAUACCGAGCCUUCAAAGUGCCCUAACAACGUCUGUGGCAACCGCUCGGGGUGGAGACUUGAUAUAGGAAAAAGCACAUUCGUUGAUUGGCAAAAAGUAAAAUUGCAAGAGUCGUCCCAUGAAAUUCCAACCGGUAGCAUGCCACGAACAAUGGAUGUGAUACUUCGUGGUGAAAUGGUUGAUCGUGCAAGGGCUGGGGAACGGUGUAUUUUCACUGGUACUUUGAUUGUGAUUCCGGAUGUCAGCCAACUGGGACUUCCUGGUGUGCGCCCGGAGGCUGUUCGCGAUGACAGUGUUCGCAGUGCAGAUAUCGGAGGGGGAGGAGUUACGGGUCUUAAAGCUCUCGGUGCUAAGGAUUUGACCUACAGACUUGCUUUCCUCGCUUGUAUGGUCACACCGGACAUGUCUACUCCUGGCCAACGACCAAACCAGCACUUAAAUGGCCAAUCGCAGAAUAUCCUGGCUUCUUUGAACCAAGCCAAGGAGCCCGACGCGGACGAGGACAAUGCCCAGGAGGCGCUUCUGCAGAGCCUGACUCCCCAUGAGGUUGACGACUUGAAAAAGCUUGUUCAUUCCGACUACAUCUAUUCUCGCCUGGUGGACUCAAUUGCGCCUAUGAUCUACGGCCACAGACAAAUCAAAAAAGGGUUGCUUUUACAGCUUAUUGGCGGAGUCAGCAAAUCCACAGAACAAGAGAACAUGCAGCUCCGUGGUGAUAUCAACAUAUGUAUUGUUGGUGAUCCCUCGACCAGUAAGAGCCAAUUUCUAAAGUACAUUUGUUCCCUGCACCCUCGGGCGGUCUAUACAAGCGGUAAAGCGUCAUCUGCUGCCGGUUUGACAGCCUCGGUUGUAAAAGAUGCUGAAACCGGCGAAUUCACCAUCGAAGCUGGUGCUCUAAUGCUCGCUAAUGGUGGUGGCAUUUGUGCUAUCGAUGAGUUUGAUAAGAUGGAUAUCAGUGACCAAGUGGCCAUUCACGAAGCCAUGGAACAGCAGACAAUUUCAAUUGCUAAGGCUGGCAUCCACACUACUCUUAAUGCCCGAGCAUCAAUCCUCGCUGCUGCAAACCCAAUUGGUGGCCGUUAUAACCCCAAGGUCCCACUCCGUGCCAAUCUCAACUUCAGUGCUCCCAUUAUGAGCAGGUUUGAUUUGUUCUUUGUUAUCCGGGAUGAGCCCAAUGAGACCGUAGAUCGCAAUCUUGCUGAUCAUAUUGUCAACGUGCAUAUGAACCGCGACAAAGCUGUCGAGCCAGAACUGAGCACAGAGCAACUACAGCGGUAUAUCCGCUUUGCCCGUACCUUCAGGCCUGUAUUCACCGAGGAUGCUAAAGCAUUGCUUGUUGAAAAAUAUAAAGACCUUCGUACCAAUGAUGCUCAGGGCGGCAUGGGCCGCUCAUCUUACCGGAUCACAGUUCGCCAGCUUGAAUCUUUGAUUCGUCUCUCCGAGGCAGUCGCCAAAGCGAACUGUGUGGAAGAGGUUGUACCUAAUUUUGUGCGUGAAGCAUAUGACCUUCUGCGGCAAAGUAUCGUUACAGUCGAGAAGGACGAUGUUGAAGUUGACGAUGAAGAGCCCACUCAGCAAACGGAGGACCAAGAGAUGGGAGAUCGUGACCGAGAAGGUGACAGCCCUAUGCGCGAUAUGCUUGACGAGGAGCCAACAAGGGAGUCACGCACCAAGACCAAGAUCUCAUUUGAUAAAUACAUGAAGAUUCUGAAUCUUGUCGUGCAACGUGUCAACGAAGAUGAAGUUGCAUCAGGCGAGGGUGUGGAGCAGGAGGAUCUAAUUGUUUGGUACCUUGAGCAAGUUGAGUCAGAGCUCAACAAUGAGGAGGAUUUGAAGCGUGAACGUGACCUGGCGGCCAAGGUCUUGAAACGGAUGGUCAAGGAUAACAUUCUCAUGCCUAUUCGUGGAGAAGGGUUGAUCGACACAGCAGAGGACAGCACCCAAGGGGAACAAUUGCAGCGGACCGUAUACGUUUUGCAUCCCAACUGCGCUGCUGAUGAGCUCGUGUUUCCGGCUCCAGGCCAGGAAAGGCGACGAUAA